AUGAAAAUUAGAGCUGAUAAUUUUGUUGAAAAUUUGGUUAAAUAUUAUAGGGGUGAUCAUCUUAUUUUACAGUCAAAAAAAUGUGUCUCAACGAAUAAAGACACUUCAAAUACAAAUUAUGAAAUUCCACAGGAUUUUGUUGGUUUAAAUAGUUUACCGUGUGAUAAUACAAUAGAGCCACUUGAAGAAGUAAAUGCAAUUGAAAACUGGAAAAAUCAAGGAUCAAUAUCAAAGCCUCGGUCAUCAAAAUCAUUUUUGGUAAAGCAACAAGGAUUUGAGAAUAUUAAUUUAAAUGAAAGAGGACCUAUAUGUGAAAUAGCAUUACUUAAAAAUGGUUCCAGCUAUAAUAAUAAACCUUUAUUCGUACAUGGUUUUGAUAAAGUUUUAUUAAGUAAUACAUGCUCUGCGGACUCAUUGUUAUCAAUUUUAGCUGUUGCUGCUGCAGAAAGUAAACACUACAAUCAAUUUUUAUCCAACACAAAAAAUGAAACUGCUAAAUUUGUUUUAAGAAUGAUUGGUAACAGACCUUCUAAAGAGAUGUACAAAAAUAGAGUCUAUUUGCUCGCUCAACAUUUUAUCACUCGAACAGUUGAUUGGAGAUAUUACUUUAUUUGA